AUGGACACACUUUUCAUACUUAUCAGAUGGACUAUCUUCGUUACCCUCUUGCAUGAAAAACUUUCGUCAGCUUACCGACCAUUAUAUAUGAUAGACUCAAGCAAGCUUUUUGAGAAUCCAAUCACCCGCAGACUACGAGAGCAUCUUAAAAGAGCAGGUGUGCAAGCAAACAAUCAAUACGGAUUCAAAUCGGGAAAAUCAACAGUUGAUGCAAUGUCCAGACUACUGACCAUAGUGCGUAAUGCCAACGGUCGAGGCCAUGCACGAAAUGAAUUUGUGGGAAUGCUCACGCUGAACAUAAAAAAUACUUUCAACAGCGUCCCUUGGGAAACAAUUCUGCAACGCCUGGAAAGAAUCGAGGCACCGAAUUACCUGCGGAUCAUCCUCAGCCAGUAUAUGUCAAAUAGACGAAUCACGUUCACUAAAGAAGUCGGUUCCACGUGUGGAAUAUAUAUGAACUGCGGAGUUCCCCAGGGUUAG